CCGCACAAACUCCCAGGAGAACUUACUAAAAUGUUUGGAGUCUUAUCUGCAAGUUCCGUAACAUAUGAACAUGGUUACUGCAUGAAGACAUCACAGAAAUCACCAGAAGCGGGAUCCUCUCUUCCAGUCAAACAGCUGCUUGAUCAACCAGAGACUGUCACCACCAUAGACACUGGGUAUACGUACCUUUACAAUGUAGCCUGUCUGAGUGAUGAAGAAAUUUGGACAAAGGGAGAUAACAACACCAUGAAACUCUACAACAUCAAUCAAGGAUCACUACUCUCACUCAGGAAUCUCUUUAAUUUUAAUAUUAUUCGGGGAUCACGACUUAAAUCCAUCACAACGAAAUCCGGGUACAAACCAACAGAUAUAGCAGUGACAAAAAGUGGAGAUCUAGUUUAUACGGAUUACACUGAUAGAACUGUAAGCAUUUUAAGGAAAGAGAAGAUAGAGGAGGUGAUCAGACUACAGAACUGGAGACCUUACAGUGUCUGUAGUACCUACUCAACUGAGUUACUGGUUCUCAUAGACAGUGAUGAUUACAGCGAAUCAAAAGUUGUCCGUUAUUCUGGCUCCACAGAGAAACAAACCAUUCAGUUCGAUGAUCAGGGUAAAACUCUCUAUUCAUCUGGCGGUUAUUACAGAUACAUUACUGAGAACAAGAACCUGGAUAUCUGUGUGACUGACUAUAGAGCUGAAGCAGUAGUGGUGGUCAACCAGACCGGGAAACUGAGAUUCAGGUACACUGGACAUACUCCUGCUCCAAAGAACAAACCAUUCAGUCCACGAGGAAUCACCACAGACAGUCAGAGUCACAUCCUUACAGCUGAUUAUAACAAUGAAUGUGUCCACAUCAUAGACCAGGAUGGACAGUUCCUCCGUUACAUAGACUGUGAACUGAAUGGACCCUGGGGAAUAUGCACAGAUACAAAUGACAAUCUGUUUGUUGCCCAGUGUAUGUACAGACAAGUAAAGAAAAUAAAAUAUCUGCAUGAAAUAUAUGAGUGUGUUAAAUUAAAUAUAAGUAAACAGUACACUGUGCAAUAAUACUGAUAUAUUAGUAUGCUGUAGUAUGGACAUUUGCAAUAUUUCAAUUGUGUUAUCUUUAAAUUCAUUG